AUGGAUACUGAAGAUGGACAGUUCUUCAUAAAGGUACUUGGACAAGACUUUCUUCACAACUUGAUCUGCCAUAACAUGGCAUAUGCUGAUAAAUUAUUCUUCCUGCAGAACUUGGCCCACUUUGUUCGUACACAUGAAAAGGCUCUCGCGAAUGCUCUGCAAUUACGACGCCAGCAAGCUCCUAAACAUGGCUCUUCGAACAGCGUAUCCGGUGCUGUUGGAGGGUCUGCCCUCCCUUCCCCAACAGUGACAAACCAGCCGUCAUCUGCCUCUUCUUCCACGACUUCUAGUACUCUCGCAGCUGCUCUAUCUCUCCCAUACCUUACUUUCGCCUCCCAUAAUAUUAAACCUGCCAAGCUCGCGUUGACACCCCAUCAUCUAUUCUAUCUCCUUUCCCGAUUUGAAGAUCUCGGAGUUCCAGUUGGUCCAAUGAAUGUGCGGUUAGAAAAUCUUCAUGCAGACACAUCAGCAGCAAACUACGUUUCAUUUCUAAGUCAGUCUCAACGACCGAAAGGUCGUGGUUCCGACAAUGGCUCUAUUCACUCCGUAUCCAGUGUGAGAAGUGUAAUGUCUGGCAUGUCUUCCUUAUGGUCGAAUUUUGGCCUUGGGUCUGCAGGUUCUGCGGCUCGCACAGAGAAGCAAAAGGCUGCCAUUGAAGCUGACUUGAAGUACUUAUACUCGGCAUUUACCAAGAUCCCUUGCCUUAGACUUGCUCCGGAUCGUCGCGCACGCCUGAUUGAAGGCUACGAAGAAUUUCCGUUCGAUUCCGCUGUUCCACUGAUUGCCUUUAAAAACAUUAGUGCAUUGGAGAUUAGUGAUAUCGACAUUCGACAAUUUUUCGGUUGGGACAAGCUAGCAGAGCAAUUGAGAUCAUUGACUGUCAAACGGGCAGGUGUUGAUGAUCCGGCUGAUCUAUUGAUCAAUAUUGUGUUGGAUGACAUGGAUAAAAGGAGGCGGCGGUCUUCCAAAGCCCAAAUGUCACCAACCUCAACUUUCAUCCCCGCAUCGAGUCCAAGACGCAGCCCAACAAUGCCACAUGCCGAGCUCGUAAAAUCCAAUUCAGCCCCUGGAUCACCGGAUGAUCGCAGCCGCAUUAUUGAUACAGGAACAAGAGGGCUGGCACGUUCUGGUUCAGACGGAGCCGAGUUCGGAAAAUCUCCAACCAAGGAUGGGCAAAGACCAAGAAGCAAUUCUCCCGUGCGUCCACCAAGUUCCCGUACUGGUUCCUCGCACGGUCAUCUUCGGGGAUCCUCAUACAAGGUUAAGAGAUCUGGAUCCGGGAGUUCACAUUCAAGCUUGUCCGAUAGUUGGCAUAACCCACGGAACAGUUCUUCAAAUCUUUUGUCUAUGAGUGUUCUGCCAUCUUCAAAAUGGAGAUUUUUGAAACAUCUUAGCAUUGCAGACAAUGGCCUGACAUCUAUUACUGCGUCCAGCCUUGCACCUUUAGCUAAUACUCUCCAUUCACUUGACCUUUCCUCGAAUUUAUUCGCCCAGAUCCCUGAUUGCUUAGCAUCCCUUACCGCACUGCGAGCCCUGAAUCUAUCCAACAACAUGAUCGACUCCCUUCAUUCUCUAACUCGAAAUCCUCUACCUGCUAUAUCCGCUCUCAAUUUGCGGUCCAAUCGUCUCAUAUCUAUAGCUGGAAUUGAAAGGCUGUAUCCUUUAGAAAGACUUGAUCUCCGCGAUAAUAAAAUUACUGAUCCGACAGAACUUGCUAGGUUGACAGGAAUACCGGAUAUUCGAGAGAUAUGGAUUAGUGGUAAUCCAUUUACCAAAACACAUAGCAACUACAGGAUUACAAUUUUCAACCUAUUCAGACAAACGCCGGGAUAUACCGAGGACAUCCUGAUUGAUGCUUAUGGACCAGGUUACGCGGAAAGGCGGCAUUUGGUCGAACGUGUUGCAGAAAGACCAGGUGUCCCUGUUGUAAAGCCACCUCCUCCCGAUUAUGGAUUGUCCGCCAUUGAAGUCAACAAACCAAUCAUCGAGUAUGCAGCGCCACGAGAACCUGCAGUACUUCGAAAAGAACGACCCAUGCCUGUUGCUGCGACUAGUGAAAUCAAUACUGGUUCCACAGGUCGAAGGAGAAGAACUCCAAAGCGACGAAUCGUAGACCUAUCGACUUCGGAAACAUCACCGAGCAAGCAAGUACUGGCUCAGAAUGUUAUGCCAGAAGAAGCACCACCACCUAUGCCAAGAACAGUAUCAGAUAGUAGCUACGAUCUAAGUCCUGAUUUCUCCCCUAGAACAGUUCCUACAUAUAUUCCUUCAGAACCUCGGCAGGCCCAAAGACAACCCGAUGUUCCACGCAUCGAUACAUCUAUAUUACCUCGUUUAUCCCCAAUGCCACCAAUGGAAACGGCACCCUACGAAACAGCAAUCAAACCACAGCCGGUGAAGACCCCAGAUACUCCCGAUUGGAAUAUGAGCGGUGAGCUAUAUCGGAAAAAGAUUGAAGCACUUAGAAAUGAUGUCGGGCAAGGAUGGUUGAGCGUGUUAAGCGAGGAAGGUUGGGAAGCCCAACAAAAAAAUCAACCUACGGGGUAUCAAACCCCCGAAUACGAUUCGACGGUUAAAAUGAGACCAAGUCCGACACUCAGGGCAAGUAGCCAACAAAUAAUACAUAGCGGUCGCACACUGGGUUAA